AUGGUCAUGGGAGCCAGCGGCUCCAAGCUUGAGAAGGCCCUCGGUGACCAGUUCCCGGAAGGCGAGCGCUACUUCGGCCUUGAGAACUUCGGCAACACCUGCUACUGCAACAGUGUCCUUCAGGCACUUUAUUUUUGCAUUCCAUUCAGGGAGCAGUUACUGGAAUAUUAUGCAAAUAACAAAACUCCAGGUGACGCUGAGGAAAAUCUUUUGACUUGUUUGGCCGACCUUUUUAUGCAGAUAAGCCAAGCAAAGAAAAAGACCGGUGUUAUUGCUCCAAAACGUUUUGUUCAGAGAGUGAAGAAACAGAAUGAGUUGUUUCGCAGCUACAUGCACCAGGAUGCACACGAGUUCUUAAAUUUCCUUUUGAAUGAACUUGUUGAUAUUCUGGAAAAAGAGUCAAGUGCUGCUAAGGACUCGCCCCAAUCAUCAUCUCCUGAAAAAGCUCCAAAUGGCCCAGUUCAACCUUUAGCCAAUGGAGUUAAAAAAGAACCGCCAGUUACUCUGGUCCAUAAAAAUUUCCAGGGCAUAUUGACCAACGAAACAAGAUGCUUAAGAUGUGAAACAGUAACUGCAAGGGAUGAAACAUUUCUUGAUCUUAGUGUUGACAUUGAACAAAACAGUUUUAUCACAAGCUGCCUGAAAAAUUUAUGUUCUACAGAGACUUUAAAUGCAGAGGAUAAAUUCUUCUGCGACAAGUGCUGCAGUUUGCAAGAAGCACAGAAGAGAAUGAAGAUCAAGAAGGCUCCCCACAUAUUGGUGAUCCAUCUAAAGCGUUUCAAGUACAUUGAGCAGCUUGGCCGGUAUAAGAAGCUUUCAUACCGGGUUGUAUUCCCCAUGGAACUGAAGCUCAGUAAUACAUCUGACGAUGUAGACACUGAGUACUCCCUCUUUGCUGUCGUGAUCCAUGUCGGAAGUGGCCCCAACCAUGGGCAUUAUGUAAGCCUUGUCAAAAGUCACAACCACUGGUUGUUCUUCGACGACGAAAACGUCGAGAUGGUUGAAGAGCAGACCCUACAAACAUUCUUCGGUUCCUCACAUGAAUACUCAGGCAACACAGACCAUGGGUAUAUCUUGUUUUACGAGGGGCUUGGUGGGAAGAGUUAG